AUGGCGGCGCCCGCGCUGAGGAGCUUCGCUGAGGUUGGCGUGACCUUGGAGGACAUUGCCCUGUACUUCUCCAGGGAGGAAUGGAGCCUCCUGGAUGAGGGUCAGAGACAGCUGUACCUGAAUGUGAUGCUGGAGAACUUUGAACUUGUGUCCUCGCUGGGUUGCUGCUGUGGAGCAGAGAAUGUGGAGGCACCUUUUGAAGAGAACAUUUCUGUAAGAGUAUCACAGGCAAGGAAUCCCAAGUUAGCUUUGUCUUCCCAGAAGAGCCACCCUUGUGAAAGUUGCGGACUAGUUUUGAGAAACAUUUUCCACGUGACUCAUCAGCAGGAAUUACAACACAGGCAGAUUCUAUUGAGGUGUGGAACAUGUGCAAAGCAAUUUUAUUUCAGUGCACUAUUUCACCAGCAGCAGUACUUGAGAGAAAAGCCUUUGAUAAGAGGUGUGAACUCGGUCUCACUUGAAGAGGGCUGCAAUUUUAAUGUGUUUCAGAAGCUUUUUAGCUGUGGAGAGGUGGGGCAGGACAUCCUUAGCCCGGCAGGGCUUCUCCAGCAAACGGCUACUCAGAUCAGUGACAACCUGAAUGGUAUCUCAAUGUGUGGGGUGACGUAUCAAGAGGAAAACAAUUAUUUUACUAAUAAAGAAUGUGAUAAAUCCAUCGGCUCUAACUACAUAUGUGAUUGGGACAAGGGUGUCCCUACUGGAAAAGCGUAUUUCAGUUGCCGUGAAUGUGGAAAAUAUUUUUCUCGAUUUUCUACUUUUUGUUAUCAUCAGAGAUUUCAUGCAGAAAAAAAGCUUUUUGAGAACAGCGAAUGUGGGACAUCUUUUACCAGUAGUAUUGGCCUCUUUUAUUAUCAGAGAUGUCACACAGGUGAAAGGCCUUAUCAAUGUAUUGAAUGUGGAAGAUCUUUUACCAGGAUCAGUAACCUUCGUGAUCAUCAGAUAGUUCACACUGGAAAAAUGCCUUAUGAGUGCAGUGAAUGCGGAAAAUCUUUUACCUGUAGUAGUGGCCUCCGUUAUCAUCAGAUGAGAGUUCACACUGGAGAAAGGCCUUAUGAGUGCAAUGAAUGUGGGCAAACUUUUGUCAAUAGUAGUGGCUUCCAUUAUCAUCAAAAAUUGCACUCUGGAGAAAGGCAUAAGUGCAAUGAAUGUGAUAAAUCUUUUAACAGUAUCUAUUAUCUUCGUUACCAUCAGAGAGUUCACACUGGAGAAAGGCCUUAUGAGUGCAGUGAAUGUGGGAAAUCAUUUACUCAGAAAUAUGGCUUCCAUUGUCAUCAGAGAAUUCACACUGGAGAAAGGCCUUUUAAGUGCAGUGAAUGUGGGAAAUCAUUUACUCGGAAAAAUGUCCUUAAUCGCCAUGAGAGAAUUCACACAGGUGAAAAGUCUCAUGUGUGCAGUGAAUGUGGAAAAUCUUUUACCUGUGGAAGUAGCCUCCGUUACCAUCAGAUGGGUGUUCACACUGGAGAAAGGCCUUAUGAGUGCAAUGAAUGUGGGAAAUCUUUUACCAGUAGCAAUGGCUUCCGUCGUCAUCAGAGAAUUCACACUGGAGAAAGGCCUUAUGAGUGCAAUGAAUGUGGAAAAUCUUUUAUCAGUGGGAGUAGCUUUCGACGUCAUCUAAGAGUUCACACUGGAGAAAAGCCUUAUGUGUGUGGUGAGUGUGGGAAGUCUUUUACCACCAAAUAUUGCCUUGGUUCUCAUCAGAAAAUUCAUGCUAGAGAAAGGUCUAAUGAGUCUAGUUAA